GCAGGGGUGCUGGGUGUGGCGGUGAAUGCCCCAGGCGCCCUCUGUUUCCUGGGCAGCUCUGCGGCUAUGGAUGUGUUCCAGAAGGUGGAGAAGAUCGGAGAGGGCACCUAUGGGGUGGUGUAUAAGGCCAAGAACAAGGAGACAGGGCAGCUCGUGGCCCUCAAGAAGAUCAGGCUGGAUUUGGAAACGGAGGGAGUCCCAAGCACGGCCAUCAGGGAGAUCUCCCUGCUCAAAGAGCUUAAGCACCCCAACAUCGUCAGGCUGCUGGACGUGGUGCAUAGUGAGAAGAAGCUUUACCUGGUGUUUGAGUUCCUCAGCCAGGACCUGAAGAAGUACAUGGACUCUGCCCCAGCCUCCGAGCUGCCCCUGCACUUGGUCAAGAGCUACCUCUACCAGCUGCUGCAGGGGGUGAAUUUCUGCCACUCUCAUCGGGUCAUCCACCGCGACCUGAAGCCCCAGAAUCUGCUCAUCAAUGAGUUGGGUGCCAUCAAGCUGGCUGACUUUGGACUGGCUCGAGCCUUCGGGGUGCCCCUACGCACCUACACCCACGAGGUGGUGACACUCUGGUAUCGUGCCCCUGAGAUCCUCUUGGGCAGCAAGUUCUAUUCCACGGCCGUGGAUGUCUGGAGCAUUGGUUGCAUCUUUGCCGAGAUGGUAGAGGGAGGGACAAACAUGGCCACAGGAGGCCAGGGCCACGGACAGGAAAAGGCCGGGAGGCUUAGCACAGCCCUGGGAAGGAUAGCUUAUCUGGGACUGGAUUCUGGGGGACAAGGGAGUGGACCCCACACCUCCUCUUCCUCAUUUCAGGUGACCCGCAGAGCCCUGUUUCCUGGUGACUCUGAGAUUGACCAGCUCUUCCGAAUCUUUCGGACCCUGGGGACACCCAGUGAAGCCAUGUGGCCAGGGGUCACCCAGCUGCCUGACUAUAAGGGCAGUUUCCCCAAGUGGACCAGGAAGGGGCUGGAGGAGAUCGUGCCCAGUCUGGAACCAGAGGGCAAGGACCUGCUCAUGCAACUCUUGCAGUACGACCCCGGCCGGCGGAUCUCAGCCAAGGCUGCCCUUGUGCAUCCAUACUUCUCGUCCACGGAGACCUCCCCAGCCCCCCACCAGUACGUGCUGGAGCGGUUCUGCCGCUGAGAAGGCCGGAGCUUCCCAGCCUCUCUCCAGCCUCCCCAUCCACUUCCCAAGAAAGAGAGCGUUAUCUGGGAGAGAGCAAAGCUCUGAGGAAUUUGGCCUCACCCGCCAAGGGGGCUGAGUUUGGGUUAGUUCUGCCCCCACAUUAGCAAGUUCCCGUGUUGUUUGGUUGGGUUUGACGAUGCCAUUUCGAGAUGGGGGCACGGAAGCUCCAUGCACCAGGGGGUAGGGGGUACGUUAGAGACUUCGUCCCCUGGCUCUGGAACAAGUCGCGAGGAGAGCGCGAAGCCUGCCCCACCUGGCGGCAAGGCAGAGCCAGACACCGCCCCCCGCACCCCCAGAAAGGGUGCCCCCUGCUGGUCUUUAUGGCUUUAAAAUGUUUUUGGGGGAAGAGUUGCAUUCCAGCGAAGAGUCCAAGUUAAACAGGAAGCAGGGGCAAGGGAGAGAGAGGACAUUUUCCCGAUCCCAGGGUGGGUGAGGGUGUGCGUGGUGGUUCUGAGUUGUUGUCUCGUACUUAGGAUAUGCUUAUGUUCGUUCGCCUCCGGUUAUAAGAACAGUAAAUAAAAGUGAUGUAUUCCUGA